AUGGCUCCCUCCGCAGACAUGACCAGCUCUGGUCCCAGUGACCAUUCCAAGCCCCUCAGUGGCAAGGUUGCCCUCGUCACCGGUGCCGGCCGCGGUAUCGGACGCGGCAUCGCCAUCGAGCUGGGCCGUCGCGGCGCCUCGGUCGUCGUCAACUACGGCAGUAGCAGCAAGGCCGCCGAGGAGGUCGUUGCUGAGCUCAAGAAGCUCGGUGCCCAGGGAAUCGCCAUCCAGGCCGACAUCAGCAAGCCGUCCGAGGUCGUCGCCCUCUUCGACAAGGCCGUCGCGCAUUUUGGCGGCAUCGACUUUGUCAUGUCCAACAGCGGCAUGGAGGUUUGGUGCGAUGAGCUCGAGGUGACGCAGGAGCUGUUCGACAAGGUCUUCAACCUCAACACCAGGGGCCAGUUCUUCGUCGCCCAGCAGGGCCUCAAACACUGCCGCCGCGGCGGCCGCAUCAUCCUGACCUCGUCCAUCGCCGCCGUCAUGACCGGCAUCCCCAACCACGCCCUCUACGCCGGCUCCAAGGCCGCCGUCGAGGGUUUCUGCCGCGCCUUUGCCGUCGACUGCGGUGCCAAGGGUGUCACCGUCAACUGCAUCGCCCCGGGUGGCGUCAAGACCGACAUGUUUGACGAGAACUCGUGGCACUACGCCCCGGGUGGCUACAAGGGCAUGCCCCAGGAGAAGAUCGACGAGGGUCUGGCCAGCAUGAACCCGCUCAAGAGGAUAGGCUACCCGGCCGACAUUGGCCGUGCCGUCUCCGCCCUGUGCCAGGAGGAGAGCGAAUGGAUCAACGGCCAAGUUAUCAAGUUGACCGGUGGCGGUAUCUAA